GGUUGCCUUCCCCUACUGGGUUUGUUUCAAAUCUGCAAUUUCCAAACCUGCGAAGCCGUGAGCUUGUUGUGGAAUGGAUGCUCUGCUAUUUGAUGUUGGAACUACGCUUUUGUAGGUGAAUCUAGUGAAUCCCCACCCCUCUUGUUCAUUUCUCCUUGCAUAUAUGACGCCUAUCUCUUAAUUUUCAAUCCUGACUUGGUACAUGAAAGACGAAACUGCUAAAUAGUUUUAUAAUUGAAUAACUGCUGGGAGUAUCCAUCUCGAAGACUGGAAUAUUUGGAUCUUCAAUUUGAGGUAAUAGGAGCAUGGCUCAGACUCUGGAAGGUAUUAAGGGCAGAGGAGGAUCCAUCAAGCUGGGGACCACUGGAACAAUCAGUUCCUUAAUGACAAGGGAAUUGGAGCAGAUCUCUUCUGCAUCGCACAAGCAGGCAUCUUCAAGAAGUAAACCUCGAACACUUCCUGUAUCAGUUCCCUGUGGUAGUACAACCCCAAAAAGACUACAACCAAGAAAAUCAUCAGAUGAAGCCAGUAGUAGUGGAAGCAGUAAAAAUACAAACCGUAGAAGCCCUGGAAUGUCCCAGAAAACAAAAGCUAAUGGAAGAAAUACCCAUAGAAUACCCAUCCUAGGUUCUGAUAACUUAUCAGUGGAUAGAAGUCCAGUCAGGGAAAAAAAUGAUAAAAAGAUACCUAAGAUUGUUGAAGUUGUGGACAUAAAAUGUGGGAACACAGAAAAGGCUUGGGCUACCCCUUUAACAACUCGUCUUAAGAAGUUGGGUUUCUCAAAGCUCUCUGAGAGCAUUAUCUAAAGCUGAAAAUAUUUUGUGUCAGACUUCAGGUUCCUGUAACUGAAAGCAGAGGUCCCAUUUGGCCUGCCGUUGUCUGAUACAUCCACCAUAGAGCACAUGCUUGGUAGGAACUUGCUACUUCCUCGCUUUUUCUUUGUACUUUCCACUGUGGAUACAACUGUGGUUCUGGAAUUCGUGCUAAAGGAGGAACCCACCUCUAUAAUUUGAGGCUUGUUCCUCUGUGACCUGUUUUGUGAAUUCGAUCCAAUCCUGCUAAAAUACUCAAUUUCUUGCAUAAUGAGAGAUGCAACAGUGCCUCGGCUGCCUAUCUCUACUGGAGGAAAUCCAGCCAUCUCUUUUGUGUCAUUUGUAUCAAGGGUAGUGGAUUUAUGCAUGCUUUGAUUGGUUACUGUUGCGGAGAAAGCAAAAUUUUCUGAUUUAAGAAGAUUUGUUUGUGGUUUUGUUCAAGUGGGGAAAUUGCAGAGACUCGGGGGUAUUUUCUUAGGUUUCAAAAGAUGUGGUUACACAAGAAUUCUUCACCUUUAUGUUCUAUAUUUGAAAUGCAUUGCAUAAGUCCGUGUAGUUGGGAGAUUGGUUGAUGACAAUUGACAUGGUCACUGCAUCCAUGUGCUUGCAGUUAAAACAGUCGAGUUCCUAACUACUGUACCACCCUUUUAAUUACUUUAAGUUUCAUCAUGUUCCUAGCUAUGUGCUAGGUCAUUCUUUGAGACUCUUGUCAGAGUGGAGUGGAUCUGAUGGGAUUCAUGUGAAAGGUAAAAGUAAGAUGAUCUCUUCCAUUGACUUUUUAAGUAAGUUGGUGUUGUAUUUUGGUGUCUUAAUUGUCAAGAAAGAAUAGUAGGCUAACUAGGCCAUGAAAGCAACUAUUUAUUCCGAGUGCUUUUCAGUUUUGGGAAGUAUGGAUA